AUGAGUAACGCUGCGCAAUGUGCUGGAGCCUCAGGUUGUUUUGGUGGAGCAACAGCAGGAUCAGCGGGUUGUUUUGGUGGAGCAGCGGCAGGAUCAGCGGGUUGUUUUGGAGGAUCAACAGCGGGCUGUUUUGGCGGUGCACCAGCUGGGUCAACGGGUUGUUUUGGUGGUUCGCCAGCGGGAUCAGCAGGUUGUUUUGGUGGUUCGCCAGCGGGAUCAGCGGGUUGUUUUGGUGGUUCGCCAGCGGGAUCAGCGGGUUGUUUUGGUGGUUCGCCAGCGGGAUCAGCGG